AUGGCACAAACAUUCUCUUUAACGUUAACACCAUCAAUACAGCGAACGUUUCUCAUCUUAUUGAAUGUUGUGUUCUGGUGUUAUCCUGCAAAUGGGCGAAUAUUACACGAUAUCCAUUAUAAUACAGCUCUUAACAAUACAAGUUUGAAAACCUGUCAACACAUCUAUGGAAAUCUCACGCUUCAGGAAUUGGCAAGAUGUAAGUUAGAGUUAUAAACCGAGGAGGAGGUUUAUAACUUUAUAACUGAUAUAUUGCCCCCGAGGACGCGCAGGCCCCGAGGACGCGCAGCGUCCGAGGGCAAUAUAUCAGUUAUAAUUAAACCGACUUUCGAGGUUUAUAACUAACUUAUAUCUCAUUUGUGGAGGUUUUCUAACAUAUUUUGUCAUUUUCAAAAAUUUUUGAUGAAAAAUUUCGCGUUUUGUCGAAAAGUUUGAUGCAAUUAUUUAUUCAAGGUAUAUUAGCUAGUUAUAAACCUCGGACGAUCAAAGACAACCGACACAAAUGAGAUAUAAGUACGUAUCUUUACUAAGGGUUGUGGCCUGGAAACCAACUUAACUGAAUUUAAAGUGAACUAUUUGGCCAACAGUGUUGAGGACCGUGAGAUUAUAUUAGAGACCUUAAGAUUGACGUUUACGGCAAACGUCAAACCGCUAGCGAAGUUUUUGAUUUUACAACUCUAUUAUUAUAGCUUUUACACCAGUUUUGAAAUAUGUUAAACUUAUUAAACUUGUGCUCUUUAGCAAUGAUUUAAGAAAGCAAAUUAACCACUAGUCAUGCCAUUCACCAAAGCAAUAAAUUAAGAUUUGGCGUUUGAAGUUGACGUUUGGCGUAUAAAUUUCAUGUUGGAACUGCUACGAGGGCUUGUAGUCGUUAAAGCAUGAAAUUUAUACGCCAAACGUCAACUUCAAACGCCAAAUCUUAAUUUAUUGCUUUGGUGAAUGGCAUGACUAGUGGUUAAUUUGCUUUCUUAAAUCAUUGCUAAAGAGCACAAGUUUAAUAAGUUUAACAUAUUUCAAAACUGGUGUAAAAGGAAUAAUAAUAGAGUUGUAAAAUCAAAAACCGCGCUAGCGGUUUGACGUUUGCCGUAAACGUCAAUCUUAAGGUCUCUAAUAACCAGAUCAGCUCCAAAUAAGGCAGAUACAGAUAGUCUGCAGAGAGAAAAUCUCUCGAGCAUUAAUCGUGAAUAACAAACUCUCUUACCCUCCGAAACCUUUUUCAACUGCAAUGUAAAUCUGUCAAUGCUUUUGUAAUGUUUACUGUAUACGUGACAGUAAUGCAGUAAUGUUUUAAAUAGUUACUGUACUUAAAAAUCUCAUUGAUAAUUCAGGAGGAAAACACAAAGAAAAAUCAUAAGCGUGUCGUAUCGUUACAUGUGAUAAAAAAUCAUGUUCAUUUACAUAAACUUUAGCUUUGAUUUUCUCGGUUUAAACAAAGUUUAUUUUAAAAUGGACUCAUAUAUGAUGAGUCGUUUUUUAAGCCAUUUAAAGCACUUGUAUAGUCGUGUUUAUAAAACACUCCUACGCGAGCUUUAAAUAGUACUAAAGUAUUAAACUAAACCGCGAAACUAAAACAACCUAAAUUGAAACAUAUGUAGCCUAUCGAAGGGAAAAUGGCCGUGAAACUCAUUAGAAUAACAAUAUAACUCAUUAUCUAUGUUAGUCAACGUUUAUUCAUAUAUCUGGUCCUUCACCGUCACGUGCGUGUUGUAUUUUUACCCAACUAACCAAUAGCAAUGUUUUAGAAAAGUUACCUAUCCGUGACUCGUACUAGAAAUUGUAAAUUGGUGGAUUUGGCAAAAAUACAAUACGCACGUGAAGGUGAAGGUGAAGGACCAAAUUUAUGAAUAAACGUUGACUAACAUAGAUAAUGAGUAAUAUUAUAAGUUAUUCUAAUGAGUAUCAUAGCCAUCUUCCCCUCGAUAGGCCAAGAUUGAACUCCCCUUAAUUAAGGUGGCAAAUUAAGUCGCAAUGUCAAAUUGUCUUUCGAGAUGCGGAGAAAGUGGAACCCGCUUCUAUAAUUACCUUGCAGACCGCAAAAGCAACUUGCAUUCCUUCAUAACAUCUGAUUGUAAUUUGAAAUUGAAUUGCCUAUGUCCCAAGUACACUCAUGGUCGUCAUUUCUUCAUUCAACAGUUGCUGACGCCAGUGGGAAACCAAGCAGCGGCAUUUACGGUGGCAACACUUUAUGGUAUGGAUCAUACAGUGAAUGUCAGCAACUACCCGACUCUCGCUACUGUUUGACAAUGUUUCCUGGAAGUAUGUCCUUGGUCCGGAAUAACAGCCAGGUAUAAGAAUGAAUAAGUAUAAAAAUGCCCAACGUUACUCAUGGCAAGAAAUAAUGGACAUGCAUGCGCACAUGCAAUGCUUGCUUGGAAAGGUUUAUAAGAAGAUGUGAGAUUUAUAGGAGCUACAAUAGGAAAAUGGAAAGACAUGUUUAUAACACGUUCAAUUUUGGAGUUAACUUAUUUGUUUGAAAGUUAAAUCCGAUAAAAUGUUUUAUACAACAACCAUUAUUAUUGGAAAAUAUUUGAACAGCAUUUUAAUUUUUUUAACAUUAACAUUGCCCACUUUUGACAAUAAUUUAAUUAUACUCAAAUUGAUGCAAAUUACACACAACCAUACUUAAUUAAACAAAUGGAGAAAAGAAUAAACUUUACAGAAUGUGGUAAUAAUCUUUUAGUUGAUCCUUUAUGAUUUUAAUUAAUUCUUUUUUCCGGGUAUACAAAGGCAUGUGUGUCUGCAUGGAGACGUUUUGAAUGAAUCAUUAAAUCAUCAAUGAUUUUUCAAUUUUUUAAAAUUUACACAAAUACCCAAUUAUACAGGAUGAGUAAAAAAACCCUGAUACCUUCGCGGCUAAUUUGAACAACAAAGGUGUCAGUUUUUUUACUCACCCUGUAUAGGAAGCCCAAAAAAUAAAUAAAUAAACUCGCCCAAUUCCUCUGACAUUUGUCCAGCGCCACAAGCACUCAAGGAAAAGCAAUGUUAUAAAUAGACAUGCAUUUGGUGCUUUCUGCACGUAUUUCAGGGCUGCCUCUGGUGGAACAGACAGUGGCGUAACCAGUCCAACAAUUUAGUCCCGCUAUGCAAAUUCAAAAUGUUAUUAUUAUCAUUAUUCAUUUCCUUACAAAUUGAUUGUUCUCACAGUACUAGUCAAUGAACACGAAAAUAUUUGCAUAGCACGCAAGACCAAAUCGUCGAGCUGGCUACGCUACUGGGCACAGAAACCUCGUGCUAUAGUAUUUUAAUUGUUUCUUUCAACGAACAAAACCUUAAUUGUGCAUAUAUGUAAUUCGCUAUUCAAUUUUUAAUCCUACAAGCAACUGACUGUGAGUCACCCCUAUUCUCUCUUGGUCAAUGAACGAAACUGCACUAGUCUUCAUUAAUUAAAGAAUAGUUUAAAGUAAAGGACACCACAAAAAUAAACUUUUUAGACCUAUAACAUGGAGUGGGGUGUGUGUAUGCCAGAUGUUUGCACCAAUGAAGAUGUCAGAAAAAACUUCGAAUUUCUGUUCAAAAAUGGUGAGCAUGAAUAUACAUCCUUGUCUUAUUGCAUGAUAUAUGAAAGUUGCUUUGGGUCCAUGAAAUAUUUAUGUACUAACAAUUUAGGAAUAUAUCUGGAAAUAUCAAUAUUUUGAAAACAUCAUUUUAGUAGAAUUGAAUAUAAAUUGGUUGUAAUUAGUAGAUGGGAUUUUUUAAUUAAAAUUUGCUACUAAAAGUAUACAUCUAUACACUCGAAUAUAUUUGUACGUGUUUAGUUCCAAUCAUGCCGAUGUAUGUUCAACAUUGAGAAAUGACUCUCAAUAUUUAGUUUCAGGUAUCGAUCGAGUUACGCCAUUUACGAAAUUUUUACAAGUCAAAUGUGCUGAGGAUCCUGAAUAUACAGCAACAGUUGUUAUCACAAUGUAAGACUUAGUUUAAUCACAUUCUCCAAAACAGAAAAUACGUGACACAGAACUCAAAGAGUGAUCAGCUCAGUAUAGUAUAUAAAAUGUAAAUCCAAAUGUUUAAAUCUUUUCAACAUUUUGAAUUCGGUUUUGUUUAGCAUAUUUUGUGGACUGUUAGUUGGAAUAUGUUUGCUUGCAACUAUAAUGGAAAUAUUAAAAGCGUCGAAUAAUCCUGAUAAUAAAGUGGAAGUAGUUGAGAACAGUGGCCAUAUCUCUAUGGAUAAAGACGCCAAUGAAAAGACGCUAUUAUUACCAGAUGCCACCACGAAGGUGACAAAGGAUGAAGGUAUUAAUAUGUGUUCUAAUUUUUGGCUGAAAAUUUUGUUUCUCCGUUUCUUCUCUUAACAGAGUUUAUUAAAUCAUUUGACUUGCUAUAACAACAUGCAAGAUUUCCUAACUAGUAAAACACGAAAAAAUCGACAAUAGGCUAUACGACAUGCAUGUCUUCCUAUAGGUAAAAGAGGAACUAAUGCAUGUAUACAAAAAACUGGUAUUAUUAAUAAUUUAAAAAUGCAAUGUUCAGUACCGGUGGAGUUCAGAAAGUACAGUCUGUUUUGA